UUCAAUUGUGUAUAUAUAUAUAUAUAUAUCUUCUAAAGUAAAACACCUUUCUAUAUCUGAAUUUAUUUCAGGAGAUGUAUGCAAUUUUUCGAAUCGUCACAGAAGUUGAACUUUUUUUUUUUAAUCUGUUUUUCCUUUUCUUUAAUGGCAAACAAUUAUAUUUGUAUUGGGUGAGUGUCAAUGGACUCAUCUAUGUGAGCCCUAAGAAGCCAAUCAAUGUUUGAGGAGGCAUGGUGGCAUAGAAGGGUUUGAUCAGGGUUUAGGAUGGUGCAAGAAUUGAAAUUUUUGAGUGUCUUCUAGAUUAUUACCAUGGAUUUAAAUGCAUCUCUUCCAUCUGAAGAAUAUGAAAGGAUACAUAAAGAGCACAUAGAAAAGCAGUCUGCAGGAAGGAAGCUUGGCCUGGCUGCAACUGAAACCUUGCACCAAGAAAGAGAAGAAAGACAUCGAAGGUUGAAAAGAGAAUUCCCAGACAAGGGACCAAUGCAUGUUGUCCAGUCAUCGACUCGUAACUCCGGAUUUCAGAUGAGAAACCAUAGAGCUUUUGACCAGAACAGUCUUCCUCCUGGUUGGUUGGAUUGCCCCGCAUAUGGUAAUGAAAUAGGUGGUAUCAUUCCUUCAAAAGUUCCUCUUGGUGAAUCCUUCAAUGAGUACAUCCAUCCUGAAAAAAGAUACUCUUCGAGGCAAGUCAUUCAUCAGCAAAGACAGUUGGGAAGAGAACUGGGUUUGGUGAUUGAUCUUACGAACACAAGUCGUUACUAUCCGGAAUCAGACUGGAUAGGAAAAGGUAUUGAAUAUGUUAAGAUCAAAUGCCAGGGAAGGGAUUCUGUACCUGAUAAUGCAUCUGUAGAUAAAUUUGUAUAUGAGGUUUUGCAGUUUAGAUCUCAACAGAUGCACUUAAAUAAGAUUAUUCUUGUCCACUGUACACAUGGGCAUAACCGCACAGGUUAUAUGAUUGUUCAUUUUCUUGUCCGUACGGAAUCAAUUUCUGUGACCGAGGCGAUUGAGAAAUUUUCUAGAGCACGUCACCCAGGGAUCUAUAAAAGGGAUUAUAUUGAUGGACUCUACAGUUUUCAUAAUGAACAAAAGCCUGAAUUUGUUGUUUGCCCCCAAACUCCAGAAUGGAAGAGAUCUUCUGAUCUUGAUAUUAAUCAUAGAAGUGUGCCUGAUCAGGAUGAUGAUGGGGCUUCCAUUUUGCAUGAGAAUCUUGUGAGGAAUGAAGUAAUGACAAAUGAUGAUGUUUUGGGGGAUUCCAUACCUUUUGAAAAACUACAGACAAUGAGACAAUUCUGCUACCAAGCAUUAAAGUUGAAUUUACGGGCGAGAGGAAACACACAAUUUCCAGGGUCACACCCUGUCUCUCUCAGCAGGGACAAUUUACAACUUUUAAGGCAGCGAUAUUACUAUGCCACAUGGAAAGCUGAUGGAACACGAUAUAUGAUGCUAAUUACUUGGGAUGGGUGUUACGUGAUUGAUAGAAAUUUUUGUUUCCGAAAGGUUGAGUUGCGGUUUCCUUGCAAAAGCACAAAUAAGGGUAUAUUUGAGAAGACGCAUCACUAUACAUUACUUGAUGGAGAGAUGGUAAUUGACAUUGAGCCAAAGACCCAAAAGCAGGAGAGAAGAUACCUUAUUUAUGAUCUGAUAGCAAUUAACCAAGUGUUUAUUAUGGAGCGACCAUUCAGUGAACGGUGGACUAUACUUGAAAAUGAAGUGAUCAAACCUCGAAACAGUGAGCGUGACUUUUUGUACAAGAGCAGAAAUCCAUACUACAGAUACGACUUGGAGUCAUUCAGGGUGAGGAGGAAGGAUUUUUAUUUGCUGUCUACAGUUACUAAGCUUUUAAAGGAAUUUAUUCCAAGACUUUCACAUGCAGCAGAUGGUCUUAUAUUCCAGGGCUGGGAUGACCCUUACGUGCCACGCACACAUGAAGGCCUUUUAAAGUGGAAAUAUCCUGAAAUGAACUCAGUUGAUUUUCUCUAUGAGUUUGUCGCAGUUGAUAACCGUCAACUACUUUUUUUGAAUGAACGUGGAAAGAAAAAGCUAAUGGAAGGAAACAGGGUUGUUUUUAAAGAUGCAUCAGCUAUCAGUUCCUAUUCAGGGAAGAUUAUUGAGUGUUCUUGGGAUGCCGAGGAAGGGGUUUGGGUCUGUAUGCGGAUCAGGCCAGAUAAAUCAACUCCAAAUGAAUUCAACACCUAUAAGAAGGUGAUGCGGAGCAUAAAGGAUAAUAUCACAGAGGAAGUUUUGUUCAAUGAGAUUCGUGAAAUUAUUCGCCUGCCAAUGUAUGCAGACAGGAUACAGAAUGAUUGCAGGGCUUUUACAAGUGCUGCAAGACGAAGAUGAUCAGUGAAUGACACUUCUCAACCAAUGGGUGCCAUACAAAGAGGGUGUACUCAUUGUGUGCCUAAAUCAAAUCCGAGGCAUAGUUUUGGAAGGUCUAUUAUGAAGUUUGAUCCAGUCAAUACGUUCAAAACGAUCUUUCGACACCAGUCUGGAACUCCAUUGGCCCCUGGAUUUAGGUUAAGAAGAUGCAACACCUCGCUUUCCAUGUAUAUUACCAUUUUAUUUUUUUUUCCUUGCUUGAUUGUGGGGGUGAAAGUCAGGCAAUUUUCAACCCAAGGCUCUUCUACUUCCAGUGUUCCAUAUUAGUUCUGCAUCAUUAUCCCCAUUUUGAGGCUCUCCUUGAAAUUUGAAUAUCUGUCUUCUUACCCGAGUAAAUUGUGUUUGAAGAUGAACUAAAAUGUAAGCUGUUGUAACAUUGUUUAGUGAAUGAGUUUCUGAAGUAUUUCUUUAAAAGAAAUAUAUCUAUGGCCCCUGAUUCUUCUUCA